CAGGGAGUGAACCAAGACAGAAAAAAAUCAAGAAAAACAGUUAAUACAUAUAUUUAGUUCAAACCCAAUGGAGAAAACAUCAAGAAAUAACAACAGAGCAAGGGGCUCAUUGACAGCAAGUCAUUGCUGCAAUUUCUAGCUUUGACAGCAAGUUUUUGCUGCGCUAGCAUAUUUGAACAAUAAUUGCAAGUUUUUUUUUUUUUUUUUUUGCUGCACUCCAUAUUUAAGCAAUGGCAGAUGGGGAUCAAAAGACCAGAUCUGGUACGACAGGGGGAGCAAACACAACCCUCAAACCCACAAAUCAGGAUUCACCCUACUAUCUCCAUCCAAGUGAUUAUCCAGGAAGGAUUCUUGUAACAACUUUGCUGAAUGGGGACAACUAUCAUACUUGGAGGAGAGCAAUGCAAAAUGCUCUUUAUGCCAAGAAUAAGAUUGGAUUAGUAGAUGGAACUCUUGAGAAGCCGGAGACAACCUCACCUCAAUACCAAGCAUGGAUGACGUGCAAUUCUAUGGUGCUCUCUUGGAUCCUUAACAUAGUCACUAAAGAGCUACAAGACAGUGUGGCUUAUGUAGAGACAACAAAAGAAAUUUGGAAUGAACUGCUGGAACGGUUUACUCAAGGGAAUGCAUCUCGUGUGCAUGAACUCAAACUCGAAUUAGCAACAUUGACACAGCAAACAAGCAUGUCACAAUCUGUUGAUCCUAAUCAAGUCACACUCCAGUCAGAUAACUUAGGUACUCUUUAUCCUCUUUCUAAUCACUUGUCAUACAAUUCCUUUUCCCCUAAUCACAAAGCUUAUUUAGCGGCCAUCACCUCCUUAGAUGAGCCAAAAACAUUUUCCCAGGCUGUCAAGAGUGAACAUUGGCGAGAAGCUAUGAGAAAGGAAAUAACUACUCUUGAGCAAAACGGAACUUGGACACUUGAAAGAUUACCUCUGGGCAAGCAGGCCAUAGACUCCAAAUGGGUCUAUAAAAUCAAGUACAAUCAAGAUGGAACAGUGGAACGGUAUAAGGCGAGACUUGUGGCAAAGGGCUUUACUCAAAUAGAAGGAUUGGACUAUCAUGAAACAUUUGCCCCUGUUGCCAACCAAAGAAAGUAUGCUCUAGACAUCCUAACAGAGACAGGGAUGAUUGGAGCCAAGCCAAGUCCAUUUCCUAUGGAGCAACACCACAGUUUAGCAAUUGCUUCAAGGCCCCUUGCUUCGGAUCCUUCACAGUACAGGCGAUUAGUGGGCAAACUUCUUUACUUAACCAUUACAAGACUAGAUUUGAGUUAUUCAAUUGGUAUAUUGAGUCAAUUCAUGCAAGAACCAAAGCAAGAACAUUUUGAUGCAGCCAUGAGAGUGCUCAGAUAUGUGAAGUCUUCUCCAGAUUGGGCUGGAUGUCAAGCCACAAGACAUUCCACAACCGGAUUCUUCGUUUGCCUUGGGAAUUCCCCUGUUUCAUGGAAAUCAAAGAAACAAGUCACAGUGUCUAGAUCAUCGGCUGAAGCGAAGUACUAAGCAAUAGCUGCCACUGCCAGUGAACUCAGUUGGUUAAAGACAUUACUAUGUGAUCUUCAAGUUUCUCACUCAAAGCCAAUGACACUUUACUGUGACAAUCGAGCAGCUCUGCAUAUUGCCAAUAAUCCUGUAUUCCAUGA